AUGGCAGCUGGUGCUGACUAUUUGCAUCUGGACGUGAUGGAUGGCCACUUUGUACCCAACAUCUCGUGGGGUCCGCCCGUUAUCAAGUCACUGCGGCCGCACACAAAGGCGUUCUUUGACUGCCACAUGAUGGUAUCGAAACCAGAACAGUGGGUGACUGAUAUUGCAGCAGCUGGUGGUGAUCAGUUUACCUUCCACUUAGAGGCGACGGAAGACCCUCUGGCCCUGAUCAAGCAGAUCCGUGACGCUGACAUGAAGGUAGGUCUAGCAAUCAAGCCUAGCACUAGCGCAGAGACUGCCGACCCGUACGUGAAGCUGGUAGACAUGGUGCUUGUCAUGACUGUGGAGCCGGGCUUUGGUGGACAGAGUUUCAUGGCUGAAAUGAUGCCCAAGGUGGAGACCAUCCGUCAUAAGUAUCCGACGCUAGACAUUGAGGUGGAUGGCGGUUUGGGCCCCUCUACCAUUGACGCUGCAGCCAAGGCAGGUGCCAACAUGAUUGUUGCUGGAAGCUCCGUGUUUAAAGCAGUGGACACGAAAGCAGUCAUUUUGCAGCUGCGUCACAGUGUGGAAAAGUACGGUAACGGUAAGAGUGACGACCUAUUGACAAAGCUAUGA